AUGCCAGCCUUCGACCCCGUGCGCGACGCCGUCAUGAACUCACCCACCCAGCCGUCCCCCGGCCUCCCCCCGCCACCCUUCGCGUCCCCGUCUUUUUCCAUCGGCAGGUCCUCCCGCCAGCAUCAGCACCACCAACAACCACAACCAGAACAGGAGCAGCAGUCGCCACCAGCACCAGUUCGCCGUGCAACAGACCUUUCCGUGCUACUGAACAACCCUGUUCCUUCGAUGCAGUCUCCAUUCGCGCACGGGAGCCCAGCGCAGGCCCCGAACGGGCCCCCCCGCUCGCUCUCCCAUCUUCUCAUCUCAGACGAACACGUAACCUCGCCUUCUUCCUCGUAUCCCCAUACACCUCAGUCCCAGUCCGCCCCUGUUCAGGCGCCGCAUCGGUACCCGCCAUCGCCGGACGACAAACUCGCCAGGGCACCGCCUCUUUCCCGCCACUCCUCCACCCAACCCUCCCAGCUCUCCCUCCCCUCCCAGUUCCAACACGCCCCUCCAGAGCCAGAUCAUUCACAUCCGACCUCUCCGUAUCAGGAAACCACCCGCUCGUCCGCGUUCUCUUCGCCCGACGCGCUCUUCACGCCCGUCACGGAACGAAACCCGUACUUCCCUCAGGUCCCGCCGUCGCCGUACCACAACAAUAAUAAUAGCAGUGCCGCUGCCAGCUCACGCUCCCCCGCAGUCUCGAACGUGACCCUCUCGAGACCUUCGACGUCCGGUUCGAUAUCAUACCACCCCCCACCCUCGCCCUCUCCCGGUCUCCCUACCACGCUGGCGGCAAUGCGUCCACCUCCAUCUCCUCCUACCACUCGCAGACCUCCCUCUUCCUCUUCCUCAUCCACACACACACUCCCCUCCCGCCCCACAUCCUCUUCCGCCCCACCUCUUCCCCUUCCUCCCCAGCCCUCCCAACCUCCUCAACCUCAAUCCCAGCUAAUACCACGAAAACCACCAACGCUCCCCUACGCCCCCAUCCGCAAAACAGAACCCACCACCGUCCUCAUCCCGCUCUCUGCAGACGAAGCAAGGAUGUACGCGAAUUAUAUAGGCAUGGGCGCGCGGAGGCUCGCGAAACGCAAGAGGGCGGAGAUGGAGGAGGCGGAGAAUCAGAGGGCUAUGGGGGUGGUUGGGAUAGGGAUGGGGAUGGGGAAGCGUGGACAUGAAAAUGAAGGCGGCGGGUAUGGGGGGUAUGGUGGGUAUGGUGGGCCGGAUGGGAGGGACGGGUUGGGGGAGGAUGGGCCGAGGGUGAAGAGGAGUAGGGAUGUGGGGAUGGUGGUUACUCAUUACAAUGCGAGGCCGGAAGUGGGCCUCGUGCAGAGGAGGGAGUCGCCCAUCAUCGGUCUCCGUAACUUCAAUAACUGGAUAAAAUCGGUACUCAUCACGAAAUUCGCGCAUCCCGCGCUCGUCGCGUCGCCGAGCGGGAGGGGGAAGGUGCUCGAUAUGGGAUGUGGCAAGGGCGGGGAUCUCGCGAAGUGGAGUAAGGCGAGGGUGAGGGAGUAUGUUGGAUUAGACAUCGCCGCCAUCUCAAUCGACCAAGCCCGCACCCGCUUCGAAUCCCUCCACCGCCGCUUCGACGCCUUCUUCUCCGCCCUAGACUGCUACUCCUCCCCUCUCCCCGCCGCCGUGCCCUCCUCUCGCCUCUCCACGCCCUUCGACGUCGUGAGCAUGCAGUUCUGUAUGCAUUAUGCGUUUGAGGACGAGGGGAAGGCGAGGUGUAUGUUGGGGAAUGUGAGUGGGUGGUUGAGGGAGGGAGGGGUUGUGGUGGGGACGAUUCCGAAUGCGGAACAGUUGUUGGCCCAGCUAGACGCACUCCCCCCAAACGCGACGGACCUCUCGUUUGGAAACGCGGUGUAUAGGAUCAAGUUCGACGAUCGGAAUUCGAGACCAACCUUUGGACAUCGCUAUUCGUUCUUUUUGCAGGACGCGGUGGAGGAUGUGCCGGAGUAUAUCGUGCAUUGGGAUAAUUUCGUUAGCAUGGCAGCCGAAUACGACCUCCACCCGAUCUUCAAGCGCGAGUUCCACGAGAUGUUCGAGGAUGAGCACGAGCAUCCCGAGUUUGGACCGUUGAUGGAGCGGAUGAAGGUGCGCGAUCGGGACGGGGCGAGUCAGAUGGAUGAGGAUCAGUGGGAGGCUGCUAAUAUCUACAUCGCGUUCGCGCUGGAGAAGAGGUCGACACCGUCACUGUAACUCUCACCUGCAGAUCUCCUCUUCCAUUUUUCCAUCUUUUUCCAUUUUUUUGGGCGUCUACGCUCUCCUCCGCGUCUGAGACUCGGGUGCUUGUUAAUGUCACCCCUACGCGGCCUUUCGUGCCUUUACCUUCUACCUGCUACGUCUAUUUUCUAGUACAGUGAUACAGAUACAGUAUGCGCUCCCUUCCGACUAGUCACGAUCAACCUUAUGCUGUUCCUGUGCCGUGUCCGUUCCCUCCGAGUUUGAGUCAAUGGUUUCAGCCAGAGUCACUAACUUGAACUAGUUCCAGAUCAUGUUCUCUCUCUCCUUU